UGCCAUGACGAUGUCGCAGGGUGAUGACGCAGAUUAAUUCCGAUUUGCGCACAGUUUGUGUGCAUUUUAAGGAUUUGUUCUCUAUAUCACUAAAUUAUAAUUCUUUAUUUUUCUAAAUGGUUGCCAUUCUCUCUUGACUGGACCCGAGGGCGGAUUUGGCGGGAUUAGUUUUCAAUGUGAUUUUGGAAGUCCAUGGAAGUGAGGCAGUCAGUUCGUUACGGAUAUCCAGCAUAAUGCACAAUCUCAGACACAGCGGUUCAGUGUGGAAAAGUGUUGUUGUGUGGUUAGCGGGGUUGCAGUUUGGCUUGUGCUCGCUCGUUGAUGUUACUGUGGAUGUUCAACAGACACUACGAGAACUGAAGCACUUUUGGAAGAGCACUGGGUUUUGUCCUCCGCUGCCGCACACUGAAGCACACCGCUUCGACCUGAGCACGGACCAAGAGAUUAAUCUGGCUUUGGUGGGAUCCGUUCCAUUUGGCGGAAUCCAGCAGGUACGGAUUCACUGGCUCCUGGAGCUGGUAUCUGUUAGCGACGGAAAGGGGGGAUUUCAGUACAACUUCACUCAUUUAGACAAUCUAAUGGACCUCCUGUGGCACAACGGCUUAAAACCAGGUUUCGAGCUGAUGGGGAGUGUGUCUAAUGCCUUCAGUAACUUUGAGGACCAGAAGCAAGUGGCUGAGUGGAGAAAUCUGGUAUAUCUCACUGCUAAGAGAUACAUAGGGAAAUAUGGCCUGAGCACUGUCUCUCAGUGGAAUUUCGAGACGUGGAAUGAACCCAACAACCAUGAUUUUGACAAUGUCACCAUGACAAUUCAAGGGUUUCUGAAUUACUAUGACGCAUGCUCUGAGGGCCUCCGUGAUGCCAGCGCCACCUUGAGGUUUGGAGGUCCAGGUGACUCCUGUCAUGAGCCUCCUUCCUCUCCGUACUGUUGGGCAAUGCUACAGCACUGUUACAACGGCACCAACUUCUUCACCAGAGAGACGGGCGUGCGCCUGGAUUACAUCGCUCUGCACAAGAAGGGUGGGGGCUUCUCUUUACCAAUACUGCAUCAGGAAACUGUCACUGUGAAGGAGAUCCAGGCCCGUUUCCCAGGGUUCCGCUCCCUGCCCAUCUUUAAUGACGAGGCAGACCCGAUGGUGGGCUGGUCCAAACCCCUGGAGUGGAGAGCAGAUGUGACGUACGCAGCGAUGGUGGUGAAGGUCAUUUCUCAACAUCAGAACCUGCUCAUCGCUGACAAGAACAACACCAUCAACUACACGUUGCUUAGCAAUGACAAUGCAUUCCUAAGUUACUACCCACACCAGUUCACCCAGCGCACUCUCACUGCCCGUUUCCAAGUCAACAGCACCCAACCUCCACAUGUCCAGUUUUUACGGAAACCGGUCCUGACUGCGAUGGGCCUGCUGGCGUUGUUAGGUGAAACGCAGGUGGAGGCACAGGUGAAGUGUGACUCUUGUGAGAGAGACUCUGUUGGUGUCCUGGCCAGUGUGCACCACCCUCGUGUCCCCUUCUCCACCGACAGCUGGCAGGUCACUGUUCUGCUCUACAACAGCAGAGACACCCAGACUCCGACUGCUCCACAUCUGCUGAGUCUGCACCUCACAGGCUUCUCCUCACACAGGAGUUUGAUGUACGUUGAAUACCAUCUAAACAAUAUUCAGUCAAGCCCGUACAGCCUGUGGGUGAAGAUGGGCAGCCCGGCCUAUCCUACAGCACAGCAGUUCAGAGAACUGCGAGACUCCGAGGAUGCUUUGCGGUAUGAUCCUGUGCCAUUCCCAGCUGAGGGAAACCUUACCCUCAGACGGACGUUUCCCGUUCCAUCGCUGAUCCUGAUCCAUGUGUGUUCACAACCUGAUGUCGCUCCAGACCAGGUCAACGGUUUGCGGUUCAUCUCCAUCACUAAAGGCCAAGUGCUCAUUAUCUGGAGGGACCACUGUAUUGGCACAAAAUGCAUUAAGACGUAUGAGGUGGAGUUUUCAAAGGACAAGUCUGUGUUUCACAGGAUCAAUACCAGAGAUACUAUAUUUACAUCAUACACCUUCUCUCCAGAAAACCUGGAUGUCACUGGCUUCUACAGAGUGAGAGCGGUAGACUACUGGGACAGAUCUGGAGAGUACUCCCUCGUCGAGUGGUUCUCCCAGGAACACAGAUGACAGACCUCUGGUCCCUUUACCAGCACAUUGUGUGUCUGUCAACCUGCACCUUUUGUUGGAUGACUUUGCUUCUAAUAUAUACAAACACCAAAGUAUUUUGGGUUUCCCCAUUCUUACCAUGUCCUUAAAGCAAAACAUAAAUCUAUAUGAAAUGCAAGAAAUUCUGGCCACCAUACUGUAAGAAACUGCCUUUACUUUCAUGUGCUGUAAAUAAUCCAUCCUCAGUUUCAAAUCAAGUUGGAGUGUGGAAAAUACACCAUUUAGACACACAGUCACACACAUAUGCAUGUAUUCAGUGAAAGUAGAUUAGGCUCCAAAUAAAUUAUGCACUCAAAAGACCAUAAGCAGUAAAUGAACACAGAGACAGAUGUCUAAAGACAUGGCUGAAUAGAGGCAGUAUGUGUAAUUCUGUACAGGAGGGCACGCCCAUCUUCUCUCCAAACCCAUCUCACUUCAGGAUGGUGUCUUCAUUCGCUGUUGAGAGAAAACAUUCAAAGUCAACUGAAGGAGAACUACUAAGGAACCUGAAGGCUUAUUAACCAACCUUAAUGACUGGCUGCAUGUAAGCAGUUCUUGCAGUCAAACUGGUGUGACAUAUC